GCGUCGUCAUGUCCCUGGACCUGGCGGUGACCCCGACCCCGGCGGCAGCGCGCGGCGCCUCCUGCUCCGUGAAGACGGAGGCCGUGCGCAUCCAGGAGCUGUCGCUGGGCGGUGGCGAGCGUGAGCGCGAGCGCGACGUGGGCAGCCGCACUUCGCCCAAGCGCAAGCAGCGCCCGCCCAGCGGAACGGUGCCGACGGACCUCACGUCGCUGGCGCCGGAGCUGCCGACGGACAAGCGGCGCGGCAACAAGCGCGCGCUGCUGCAGAGCCCCGCGCCCAUCGACAGGCGGCGCGACGGCGAGGUGGUGGAGGUCGAGGGGCUGCUCGUCGUGGCAGAGCAGGUGGACAGGGCCCAGAUGCAGCAGAAGCAGAACCCGCCGGUGUUCCGGACGUUGGGAUCGAUCUACUGCGUGCUGGUGCGGAAGCAAUGCGGACUGUUCCUGGAGACGGUGUCCAAAGACAGCCACCACACUAUUGUGCUGGAUGUAGACGCCAUGGACUUGAUCCACGAGCCGUUUAAGCAAGACAGGAAGUUCCAGCUGCGGUACCGAUCUCCGGGGCUGGGAGACAGUGACAAUGGACAGCGAGCGCCGUCCUAUGCGUUCAUGCCGUCAACGAAGGUGGAGCGUGUCGAGUGGGUCAAUGCCAUUCUCAGGUGCCAAGCUUCUGCCGACGGCAAAGACCAAGAUAAUAGCUCGCCAAACGAGGUUUAUCUGCAGCAGGCGCAGCCGUCUCUUGGAGAGUUUGUGUACUCCACGCCGCCCAUCAAGCACUUCAUUCUGAUACGCCACGGCCACUACAUCAACGCCCACGUGCCGCAAGCGUCCGACUCGGAGCAAGUGCUCUCGCAAAUGGGCAGGCAGCAGGCUGAGCUCACUGGCAAGUGUCUGGGGAUGGCGCACAACCGGAUCCCCACGCGGCACGACGUCACUAUCUACCACAGCGACAUGACGCGCGCUGUUGAGACGGCCGGCAUCAUUGCCAACAACUUCGGAGAGGUCUCGGUGAACGCUAGCCCCAUGCUGCGCGAGGGCUGGCCUGGUACGCCGUACUCGACCGACUUCCCUGUGGGUGGAGCUGUUGCAGCGCGCAACAACAGCGCGUUUGACGCCAUGCAGGAGCGUAGUCGUGUGGAUGUCGAGCGUAUGGGGAAGGCCUUCAACUGGUUCUUUACGGACUCGGGCGAGGCCCAGGAGAAGAGCGACGAGGAGUCGUACUGUGUACUUGUGUGUCAUGCCAACCUGAUCCGGUUCUUCUUGUGUCGUGCACUUGGUGUGAACCCUGCGAACACGUGGGGUCACUUCGAGAUCAACCACUGCGGCGUCACGCGCAUCGACGUGUGCGCCAACCGACCGCUCAAGGUCAUUGCAGUGAACGAGACCGGCCACUUGCCGCAGUCCCUCAUCACGUCCAGCGAAGAUCAUCUAUAA